AAAAAUAAACAAAUAGAAAAGUGGAAGAAAAACCUUCAGAAAAGGCGAAUUUCCCAGAAAAAUCAAUUUUAUCGUUUAAUUCCGCAGUGUCUGGAGGAAAAAUCAAGCAGAAAAGAUGGGUGUGGAACCACUAACCCUUGCAAAUGACAUCAAACGCACAAUUGAACUUCUGGCAAAGCUCGAGAUGAGCGGUGAGAUACCCACGACGAAGGUAGCAGCCCUCCAGAAGGUGCUUCAGAGUGACUUCUUCAAUGCUGUGCGCGAAGUUUAUGAGCAUGUCUAUGAAACGGUGGACGUUCAGGGUUCCCAGGAUGUCCGGGCAUCCGCCACGGCUAAGGCAACGGUGGCUGCUUUUGCUGCCAGUGAGGGGCAUGCUCAUCCACGUGUUGUUGAGCUCCCGAAGACCGAUGAGGGGCUCGGGUUCAACGUUAUGGGUGGCAAGGAACAAAAUUCCCCCAUUUACAUCUCCCGGAUCAUCCCUGGAGGUGUUGCUGAUCGCCAUGGGGGUCUCAAGCGUGGGGAUCAGCUGCUCUCUGUCAAUGGGGUGUCCGUUGAAGGGGAGAAUCACGAGAAGGCCGUUGAGUUGCUAAAGCAAGCCAUUGGGUCCGUUAAGCUUGUUGUGCGGUACACACCGAAAGUUCUGGAGGAGAUGGAAUUGCGUUUUGAUAAGCAAAGAGCAGCCCGUCGGCGUCAGUUCCAGUAGAAAGCCUCACCACCAUGUCAACACUGCCAAUGCGCGUGGGCCGCAAGAUGUGCCAGAAACUCCUCACAAAAAAAAAUCUCUUAAAGAAUUUUAGCUGCAAUUUUUCUUUUAAAUCUUUUAUCCUUAAAAUGCUUUUUUUGGAUGCUGCAAAAAAAAUCCCAGAAUAUCCACCAGAAUUUAUUUAAAAUUCAUUUUUUGCCCGUUUAGCUUUAGAAUUUUUAGUGUUAAAUAAGUAAGACUUUGUAUUUUAUUUUCAAUUCCUUUUUAUUAAACAUAUAAUUUCACCUUUUUUUGUUUUUCUUCUUGUAUUCAGUUCCUACGCAAAUGCGCUUCUAAAUGUACUUUUUUGUUCUUCUUUAUAUUAUAUUCAUUUUCACCAGAAAAAAAAUGGAAAAUUAUUAAAAUUCACGACUUUGUAUUCCAUUUUAUCGUGUCAAUUUUGUGCCCACCUUUGUCACGCGAUUUCUUUUGUUUUACUUUACAUUUAUGUUUUGUCCUUUUCUUGCAUUUAAGAGAACGAUUUUAAUUAUUUUGCGAGAAAAAAUCCCUUCAAUGCUAAAUGAAAGAUUUUUAUUGAAUUGAAAAAGAUUUUGUGAGAUCUAAUAAAAUAAUUAUCAAAGAAUUAUAGAUUUUUUGUCUUAAAUUUAUUUUUUUGUUUGAAAAUUAAAAAAAAAGAAUAAAAUGAUCAAUGAGUUUAUUCAUUUUAGAAGCUAAAUUGUAAAAAAUCUUGCAUGUCUAUUUAGUACCUGAUGAAGGGGACAAAAUAUCCCUGAAACGUCAUAGGACAAAUGGAAACCUAUUAACGUCAGUCUGCUUAUUUAUUCUCGUUUUUCUCGAACUCGAAUUAAAGCUGUGAUUAAAAGAAAAUUAAUUAAUUUUUAUCUCUAAUCUAGACAAGUUUCAAUCGAAAUAAUAAUAAAAAAAUAAUUUGAACGGAAUAAUUUUUCAACGGAAUUUAAUAUUUGAAUCCUCAAAUUAGAUCUCAUAAAAUCUUUUUCUUUUGCAAAAUUAAAAUCAGAUUAUUGGCUGAAUUUGACUGGAGUUUUAGACACGUUUUAAUGAUUUAUUUUAAUUUAUUAUUUCCCACAAAAUAUUCAGAAUUAACCCCCCCCGUUCCCCCUCCUUAAACAAAUCAUUGUAAUGAAACUUUUGUGUGAAAAAAAAAUAAAGAAAAAUAAAUUCACGAUCAAAUAAAA